UCCUCCCACUGAGGAUGGCCUGUCCUAAACAUAAGACAAGUUUCAUACACAAAGGGCUGUAAAUACUAGCGUGUGCUCUGUAAGCGACCGUUCACCCUUCAACUGGCUGCUCAACCGCAGACAAACAUGGUUUCUCCUGUCACUGUGGUCAAGAGCGAGGGUCCAAAGCUUGUUCCGUUCUUCAAAGCCACUUGCGUCUACUUUGUUCUGUGGCUGCCCACCUCAAGCCCCUCCUGGUUCAGUGCCCUCAUCAAGUGCCUGCCCAUCUUCUGUCUUUGGGUUUUUCUGCUCGCCCAUGGCAUCAGCUUUUUAGGUGCCCACUCCAGUGCCAGGAAAAUCCUGGCAGGACUUAUUUUUUCAGCCUUGGGUGACGCAUUUCUCAUCUGGCAAGAACAAGGCUACUUUAGUCAUGGACUGCUAAUGUUCGGCAUCACCCACAUUCUCUACUCUUCGGCCUUUGGAAUGAAGCCCCUCAACUUGAGAGCAGGUCUGAUCAUCGCCGUCAUCUCAGGCCUCAGCUACACCCUUCUGUACCCCUACCUCUCUGGUCCCUUCACCUACCUGGUGGCUGUUUACAUCGCUCUCAUCGGCUUCAUGGGCUGGAGGGCCAUCGCUGGAGUCCAGCUCACCAAUGACCUCUGGACCUGGACGAAACUGUCAGCCUGCCUCGGAGCUGUCCUCUUCAUGGUGUCCGACCUCACCAUUGCCGUCAACAAGUUCUGCUUCCCGGUUCCCCACUCCCGAGCCAUCAUAAUGGCCACCUACUAUGCUGCCCAGAUGUUGAUUGCACUAUCGGCCGUGGAAUGCCAAGACGUUGACGCGGCUCGGAAAAGAGCCUGAGGAACCACAUAUUAACCAACCUUCUCCUAAUGAUUCAUCAUCGUUAGCAGCUACACAUGUUCAACUUUCUGCAAUCCCAGGUCCAUCCACAGUUCCCCCAUCUGACCAUGAUCAGGAUAUAUUGGUUAUAGUUAAGGAAUUGCCCUUUUAGGAUCAUGUGAGACCAUACCAAUGGGAGUAUUCCAUGCUGGAUUAAUUUACAAGGUUAGAUAGUCUUGGAGUCUUAAGUCUACUGUCUUAGUCAGGUCUCCUUUCAUACUUACAAUACUGAAUUUGCUUUCAGUAGUAGUACCACUACCACCAUUAUUUUGGUAUUGAGAAAGGAAAAACGGAUGAGUUUUUUCCUUCUGGUUACUAGUUCCCAACUUACAAUACCCCACAUGCUUUCCCAUUAAGAGUUGCCUCCAUUUCGACCGAGACUAUCCCAGUGUCUUCUCAAUAUCUUUCAUAUCUUGUCCACUUCAAAGAGUCUCUGAUGGGUUAUACUGCAAAAAAGGGGUGAAUCAUGAGGGACCAGUGUUUGUCAAACAAUACAAAGUAGUUCAGAUUCUUCUUAGGGGGCUGGCUUCUCUGUCUCUCUGUAGAUUUUUCCAAAUCUAAUCAGAGAGCAGCAUGAAAGCCAUGUCACAAACUAAAGCAGAUAUAUUAACAUAGUGCUGCUGUACUGAAAUUCAAUGCACCAGUCCUUUUAAUAGUAGUUUGUGGUAUACCUUUUAAUGUGUCAUUGACACAUUAGUUUCGGUCACAGUCAUUUUGUUUCAUAACUUUGAGUUAGUACACAAACCUUCAUGCCUGUAUGCACGUGUGCUGGACAAGUUGUCUUGUCAAACCCAAUUGACUGCAACCAGUGCUAGCAUUGUCUUUGGAAUAGAUGAAGCCUGUGUCCUACACUACGUUCUGAGGUGUGACCAUUACCAAGAGGAAAACACAGCACGAGACUCAUAAAAAGAGAUGUCGGUCUCUUUCUUGGAGGGGAUUCGGUGACAGUGUCUGUUAUCUUUGUCUUAGGUUUCUGCCAAAGUCAGCAGUAUUGCUCAGCACCUUUACCACAAGGAAACAGCAAAUAAGUACAAGCUGAACUAUUUAUUUUUUCUGUAUAGUAUCAGAUAAUGUUUAUAAAGAGGAUGUGAUGUUAGACAAGACACAUGUAGCAAGCUUCCAACCACUUUCCUUUGUCUAUUGCCAGAAGGAAGCAUUUUACUCCUGUGGUGGGCGAAUAUACAUAUGUGUCGUCAGCUUUAAAUUAGCUGGUAUUUUAUUUUUAAGCCAGUAUUUUUAUUUUAUUCUCACUCUUUUCUCAACUCAUUCCCAUCCAAUCCUCCACCUGAAAAUGUGUGAAAAUUUCACAGCGUGUGAAUAUUUCACAGUGCAGCAUUCUCCUUUUUAUUGUGUUUGGUACUGUGCUUUUUUUUUAGACGAGUCACAUACUUACACAUACAUAAGUCAUAUUUCACUACAAAAUAAAAAGUAUAUAUUUUUCCUCUUUAGAGUACAACAAAUACAAAAUUUAAUUUACUUAAUAAGAACUUAAAGGGAUUGGUCACCCAAAAAUGAAAAUUAGAUAUUGAUGAACAAAGGCCUCCUGUAAGUAAGAAAAAUAUCCAUAUUCAAAACGUUAUAAUUAUUUUAAUCUAGCAUGCGACAACAGUUGUACAUGGAAGCAGCUCUGGGAGGAUGGAGAUGUCGGCAGUGCACUUGAGCCAUUGAGUCUUGUGGAAACCAACGUUUCUUAACAGGAGCAAAGUAACCGAAAUUUCCUUACUUUAGCAAAGGAAAAACAGUCUCCUCUGUGCUUAUAUCGAAUUCCUCCGACAUUUUUCUUUACAAAUCCUCGUUUUGUACUUCUAAUUCAUGACGGUUGUUUUGUUUUGAUCUCUCCGCUGUGUUUCUGCGUUCAACAUUUCUGAGCAGCACAUGCGCACCGUCAACAUCCUACUGUAUGUCAUCAGCCCAGAGCUGCUUUCGUGUUCAACAGCGAGUGCAAGCUAGAUUAAAUUGAUUAGUACAUUUUAAAAAUGGGUAAUUCAUGGGCUAACUCAUUUUUGGGUGAAUUAACCCUUUAAUUGACAUAAUAAAUAUCAAUAUCAGUCAAUAAAAGAAGUACUAAACUAGGCUUCAUUUUAUUUAUGCAAAAUAUUCAGCUGUAAAUAUUAUUUUCUUUAGGGUGAAAUAAGAACAGGACAUUUUCUUGACAGGCAUUGUGAGAUUUUACACAAACACCAUAUGUACUGUAUUUAUUGUCAGUUGAUUUGAACUGAUGGUUGUUUAUAUAUAUAAAUCUCAAUAAGGGAUCAUCUGAUCCUUCACUGCUACUAAAUGAGGGAACCAUCAGCCAUGAUGGAAAGUACAGCUUGGGCUGAUAUGUGCUCAGCUGUUGCACCCUCAGGUGUGAGUUGAAAUGAGCUUUGAAUGCAAACACAGCUGAUCACUCAACAAUGGUCCAUUCUGAAGUGAUAUGACAUAUUUAACUUGGCCGUGAUGCGCAUCAAUGUCCAGUGGUAGCAGUAGACUCAAUUUGUUUUUAUUUUAAUGUGAAUGAAAAUUGUGCCCUACUCUUUUGUAUACUUCUGGGUUACAAAAAUGUUUUAUUCAAAUACUUGUUUUCAUGCACCUCAAAGUAAAAAUGAGUUGUCUGCCCAAUCCUGUUGGCCAUUGCGUCCAGCACACUGUUACGCAAAUAAAUGCUACUGUUGUUAUCAAUACACACACACUCCGCUCAACCGCUGAGCUCUUGAGAAACAGAGAGGCUAUUUUGACACAUUUGCUUUAUGCCAAGUUUCAUAGGUUCCCUAUUCAAGGGUCAAAUUGUCAGCAAAACAUUUCAGAGUGGUCGUAAAACCGUACGUGAUUUGCAAGGGCAGAGCAUUCCCCUGAAUCUCAUUUUAGGGGCAGACAGACUUUUUAGUGAUUCAGAUAAUUUUUUGUAACCAUUGUUUGAUGGCAAUAUUCCUGCUAAGCUUUUCUUUUCCUUUGUUUCCCACCUGCUGUCACCUCCCAGCUGGUUAGAAUUCGACCUGGCCUGGGCGUUUCCGUCUCUAUUGUGUUCAUUCAAACUCCAUUGAGGAGAACGGGUGCCUUCUGUUUCCAUCACUGAAAUGUUGUCUGUUGAGAAGUGUGGAGACAGUCACUGACACGGGGAAGAUUAUCUUUCCUUCUGGCUUUGCUUUAGUUCGCGACUUUCAAAUAGCAAUGAGUGCGAUCGUUUUACGCCCCCUCUGUCAGCGCUUCUGUGUUUGAUGCUUUUGUGUCGAGUCGAGGGGGGUGAAACAGAAUGCUGGGAGUUCAGUCGGUUCAGUAUUGAUGACAGUGUUUAGGUAUAGCGAUCCUGUUGUUAAAGUUAAUGAGGAAUAAACCACUUGGUUCAAAGCACACCAUUGAGUGAUGUAAAUAUCAGCACUUUUCCAUUUAAUCUCUUUAUAAACCUCCUGAAAUCCUGUAUUCGAGAUUGAGGCUUGAAAUGUACUCUACGCAAAUGCUUGAAACAAUUCCCAAAUGCCAGUUUUGUGCAGAAUAAUGUCAGGUUACACAAUUCAUAAAAUGAUACACGAAUUUGCUGCAUUCUCAGCAUUGCCACAAGGGGCACUAUAAGCUGUUUUUAUUUCUCUCGCAUCAAUCAUUGUCAUGGAAGAGCUACAGUUUGAAGAGCAUCUUACUGAGCAAUCAGUAAGGAUGUAAUGUGGACUUUUUGUUAUUGUCAUAUAAUUACAAUGAUUUUCUAAAACUUUUUCACUAUAGUUAAGGCCCAUGCACAACAACAAGAACUACAAAGAUAACCAUAACAAUAAAUAUCUUAGUGUCUGCACCAAUGGACAAUAACGUUCCAUUUAUUACGAGCGCACACUGCAGUUUUAUCGCCUGCUACUUUAAAUACUCAAGCUCUUUAAAGUCAUAGAGUGUCAUCAUUGUUUUUAUUGUUCUUCAGCUGGAACAAAAAAUUGUUCUGAAAGUGAUUCCAACGACAUCGCUUCUCUGUGACAUUACCAUUAGGGACAUUGUCAGAAUUACUAACAUAAUGUUUUACUUUUUCGUCACAGUUAAAUUUGCUGUAUGUAAGUUUUUGACUCUACUACAGCAUAAAAAUACCAUAAUAUAUUUGCAGAUAUUUAAUGUCAAAAUUUCAAUCUUCCGUCCUUUCAAUUCAGUUCAUUUUUGCAUCACAGUAUAGAGCACCUUUUAAAUGCACUUUG